AUGGCCUCGAUCAACGGCACCCUUGUGCCCCUGCCACCGCCGCCGGGCUACGUCGUCAACUUUGAGCACCCGCAGAGGAUCCUGACGCCUACGGCGUACUGGAUGUACGACUGCUUGGUUGGAGCCUGGGCCUUCUCCCUCGCAACUCAGAUCCCCGAGGUAUACGAAUGGUCGCAAGGAAAUCUCGGCAUACACAUGUGGGAGCUGCCCGUACCGCGCUUCGAGAGGUUCCUUUACCUUAUUUACAUCGCGCCCAUCCUAUACGCGCCCUGCCAGAUCCUGGCCAAACUAUCCCUGCUGAUUUUUUACCACCGCCUGUCGCCCGUUCAGGGCUUCAAACACGCCGUCAAUUUUACCAUAUUCGUCGUCGUUGUUUACAACACCGCUAUCAUGUUUGCGCUCAUUUUUUCGUGCUGGCCGGUGCAAAAGAACUUUGACUUGAGCAUUCCCAAAGAUGUGGGCUCGUGCAACGUUAACCUGCCCCAGGUUUAUAUCGCCACCUGCAUAAUGGGCAUAAUUACCGACCUGAUGAUCCUAACGCUGCCACUCCCGACUGUGUUAAGGCUUCAAAUGUCCAAUGCGCAGAAGUUUGGUCUGGUUUUUAUUUUUAGCAUUGGUUCUGCAACUUUCAUCACGUCGAUCGUUCGUCUUGUUCUACUCGUGAAAACGACCGGCCAGACCGAUAUCACCUGGGCUAUCGCAGAGGCAACAAUGUGGAUCGGCAUCGAGGCCAACCUCUUCAUCAUGUGCGGCUCGCUCCCGACGCUCCGCAAGUUCGCCAAGCACGUCGGCCCGGCCAUCUUUGGCGAGGCGUUCGCCUCCAUGUUCUCGUCGCGCCGCGGCCGCAGCAGCGCCAGCAAGGGCAACACCAACAACUCGUACCCUCUCAAGGCCUCGUCGGGUGAAAAAAGCCGGCCGUCGACGACGGGCAAGAACGGCUUCAGCCGGCUCGACGAGGGCCGCGACGCCAGGCUGUCGUCCUUGGACAGGUACGGCGUCGAGACCAGCGUCCACACGGACCUGGAGAACAGGACCUCGUCCGCCAGCGGCCCCGCCGGCCUGGGCCUCGCCGUUUCGACGGACGACCGCGCCGGUUAUGUCUGUUGUACGCCGAGCAGCAUCGUGCAGACCAGGGAGACCAUCAUUCAGUAUGAGCGCCGCUGA